GGAGGCUGUCUUUGCGGAGAUUGCUCGCGGCCUGGACACGGCCCUGGUCGGCAAAAAGGCGCAGGGCCCCAGGCCGGUGGAAAGCCUCCAGACCGGUCUCUCCUUAGCCGCCUUUAUCGCGCUGGAUGCCGCCCUGCGCCGCCUCUUCCUGGCCCGGGGCCUCGCCUUCCCCUCCCCCCUCGCCGGCAUGCUCGGUCUCUUCGCCCUCCUCCUCGCCACGGGCGCCGGGACGACGGCGGCGGGGCCGCUUCUCUACCGCGUGCUCAAGCCGGGCACGGACCUUCUGACCCGCUGGCUGGCCGUUUUCUUCGUCCCUACUCUCGUCCUCCUUCCGCUCUCCGCCGGCUCCCUCGCCCCCUCCCUCGCCCUCCGCCUGGGCGCCGUCCUGGUCCUCGGUUUCGAAGCCUCGCUAUUGACCACGGCCAAGCUCGCCGACCUGCUCACGUCCAAAAACGACGUAGCCGUCUCCUCCCCCCCCCCAACCU